CGGUCAUCGCACAUUUGUUUGUCCGAAUUGUUAUUUCGCAAAUAACAAUGGAUGGCGUUGUUUUGUGCGAAAUUGCUGAUGAAGUACCUCCAGAAAGUCCCGAGGAUCCAACGGAGUUCCGCUACGGAAAGAAGCGAUGGGUGUUCAAAGAUAAUCUCGUUGAGCAUAAAGAGGAGAUUUUGAUUUGUAUUGAAAAAUGCCAGAAUGCUCGGACGAGAAAGCUGAAGUUCAGAUCCAUUCGGCAGGAGUCGGGCUCCUGCAUCCUGGUGCUAAGCCAUGAACAGACGCAUGUUCGAGCACGUGAGAUCGAGAUGGAAGUGGGAGAACAAGUUCUGCCCCUUUUCUUUAAAGACUUCAGAGGCAGUCUCGAGUUCGAGGUGGCCCAGCAGGAGAAGGAGCACAAGCGUCCCUUAAAAACAUAUGUAACCACCAAGUUGUACGACGCCCUCUACGAAAAGCACCGCCAGACCGUUCAUGUUGAACAGGAACGUUCGCUAGACCUGCCGAAAAGAUUUCAAUCUCAGCUACGCAAGUACCAGCAGCGCACAGUAUCUUGGAUGCUGGGGCGGGAGCAGCAGAUAACUCAAGUGCCGGCCAACUUCAUAGUGCUCCAUGCCAUUGAUGGUAUAACUCGCGUCUUUAAGCAUAAAUACUGCUUACAAUUUUAUCCUUUCGAGGAGGAGAUUCCCAAAAUCUCGUUGCCGCCGGGUGGCAUUCUGGCCGACGAGAUGGGCCUGGGCAAGACCGUGGAGUUCCUGGCCAUGCUGCUGAUGAAUCCGCGCCCACAAGACUCCUACCGAAACGAUUACUGGCACCAACGCCUCGAGGAGUUUUCCGAUGAAGUGCCAUUAAAGCGGUCACGUAUAAGUAAAAAAGACGAGGUUUUCUGCAUCUGCACCAAGAAACACGGUAAACGAGUGCAGUGCACCAAAUGCCGUCGGUGGCAACACGAAAUGUGCAUGACUAUUUCAGAAAAAUCAGACUUACCCCACCUGUGUCCCAGCUGCUGGUCCGAAUUGGUAAAGUCUGGCGAAAGGCUUGUUGAGAGCGGCGCUACCAUCAUUGUAUCUCCGAACGCCAUCAAGAUGCAGUGGUUCGAAGAGAUACACAAGCAUAUAUCGCCAUCGCUUAAGGUGCUCCUUUAUUUCGGCCUACACUCAACCUUCUGGGUUAGUCCUUUCGAUCUGGCCCAGUACGAUGUCGUCCUUACCGACUAUACGAUUCUGCGUAACGAAAUAUACCAUACGACGGACUUUAAGUCGGACCGCCAGAUGCGCCACCAACAAAGGUACAUGCGUCCCAACUCUCCACUUUUAAUGGUAAACUGGUGGCGCGUUUGCUUGGAUGAGGCACAGAUGGUCGAGAGCAGCACUUCAGCAGCUGCCGAGAUGGUUAGAAUGCUGCCGGCCAUUAAUCGUUGGGCUGUUACUGGCACAAUUGAUGAAUUGCCGCCUUUGUUGGAGUUCGUGGGCCGGCCCGAAGUCUGUAGGCCACCGGAUGCUUGGCAAACCGUCGACAAGGCCUUUCAGCUUAACUACAAAUGUGAGCCGCUGCUGGAACUUCUCGAGCAUAGUUUGUGGCGUACCUGCAAGUCCAAAGUUGAGCACGAACUGGGAAUUCCGCCGCAAACGGAAGUUGUUCACCGCUUGGAGCUGAGCAACGUGGAGUCCCUUUACUAUCGGGAAGAGCAUUUAAAGUGCCACGAGCAAUUCCUUGCUGCUGUGGCCAAACACACCCGUCACAACGCAGACAAUAGCUCCUGCCUGGCGUCGAUCUCACCACAACUGCUGCGGAUCAUCCUGAAGCCCUUUCUCCGCAUUCGGCAGACCUGCUCAGUACCAGUCGUGUUCAACAGCAAUGUGUCCAGCACCGACUACCUGCACCCUCAGGAUUUGCUGGCGCGUUUGAAGUCCAACAAUGAGAACGAGUGUAAGACAGAGCUGCGCACCUGGGCAUCCUCCUACAACGGCCUGGCCGCUAUAUACUUUAUAAAGAACGAUUUCCCCCAAGCCAUCAAGUAUUAUAAUCUCCUAUUGAAGCUGGCGAACGAGUAUAACGAGCAGAAUAUAUCUGUUGACAGUGUGCUUCAAAUUCAUGCGAUAUACAACCUUCUGCAAGCAAGUUCAUUGGCUCCCGCUGAACACAAGUUAACAGAACUGGAGCACAAAAAGUAUCAGGCUCAAAUGAGCCGGCUGGAGUGGAAGUAUUUGGAGGAUAAUACACGUGUGCUAGAAAGCGCACUCAGCAGCUACAACGAAAACCUUGAAAAAGUUUCCGAGCUGGAGAAACGAUUCGAGGGCAGUACAUUGGAUCUGCUGGCAACGAUGGUGAACCACAAGACCUCUCUUCAUGAUGCUAUUUGGAACAAAGUCCGGGAUGACUUCUUUCGCCAAAACAUUUCUGUGGAAAGGCUAGAAAAUGUCAACUCCAUGGCCGGAAUGCUUUACUUUAUGGAUAUAUGGCAUAAUAAGCUACAAAAUCUUAAGAGUACUUUGAUCGCUGAGUUUGAAUUCCUGAAAGGAGUUAUGCAGCAAGCUUGUGAGGCUAUCAAAACAGGAGUCUUACUCUCCAUGGAGAUAAUCAACUUUAUAGAAAACGUAACCGUGUGUCAUUUGACAGAUAUUUUGGACGCAAAUAAGGACAAACCAGUGAAACCCAAGAAGCAUCGAUAUUGCCGGCUGUGCCUGAUUCGCGAUUCAUUGAAUCAAUUUGAGUGUCUUCUGUUUGCCAAAAAGCUGGAUGAAAAGGCUACGGUUACUGAGGGCUUGGAAAACCCCAGCAUGGAAAUAAGUUUCAUUAAAUCUAUCUUUGCCUUCCUGCGGUCAAAGCAAGAUUUUAGCGAAUGGAAAGAGGAAUGCCAGAGCAAACUGGAAUUGCUGUCCUGCCUACAGGACUUGGUCAAGUUUCAAAUCAAGUACUGGAUCGAGGUGGAGUAUAUGGUUAAGGCUUUUGACGAACUGGAAAUGUGCAAGAUGCGCAUCCUCCUCACCGACGAUCCUGAGGAGCAAUCGAACUACAGAAUACUGGCGUGCCAAUUGGACGAGCAGCUACAGUUCAAUCAGUAUAAUCUACAGACAUCGCAGUUGAACUUUACGAGACUGUGCGGUCGUUUGAAGUACCUGAAGCAUCUGAAAGAGGAUUCCGCGGACAAACCGUGUCCCAUCUGCCAAACCCAAGAUGACGUGAGGUAUGUGAUGAUGGUAUGUGGGCAUUUUGUGUGCCAGCACUGCCUGGAUAGCAUGAGGAGGAAGAACGGCCGAGCCGGCGUCACAAAGUGUCCACUUUGUCGGCAAGAUUCGCCACAGUUGUAUUACUCGGUACGCCCAGGUGCCCACAAGUCAAUUAUUGGUGACUUUUCUACAAAAAUUUCAAGUGUUGUGGAAUUAGUGCUGAAAAUUAAGGGUGAAAAUGAACAGGAAAAGAUUAUUGUAUUCUCUCAAUGGCAGGCGAUUCUCAUUGAAAUUGCCAGAGCGCUCAGUCUCAACGGCAUUCAAUUCCGCAAUAAGUGCACAAAUAAGGACUUUGAUGAUUUCAAGAAUCCGUUGAGCAAUGUUACCUGUCUACUAAUGCCACUGUCCAAAGGCUCAAAGGGUUUGAACCUGAUCGAAGCCACACAUGUUUUCCUCGUCGAACCCAUUCUAAAUCCGGGAGACGAGCGCCAGGCCAUAGGUCGUAUUCACCGAUUUGGGCAAAAGAGACCCACGAAGGUGCAUCGUUUCAUUGUGAAUGAAACGAUUGAGGAGAAUAUUCUAUCGCUAAUUACUUCAGCCGAUGACACGACUACGCUGUCGACCCACUGGGAUCUGGAGAACAUGACACUAGACAGCCUUAAGAAGCUAUUCAUACUCAAGGAGGAGUAAAACUUAUGAAUUUAAAACAAAAAAUUCCGAUUAGAUUUAAGCUCUUAAUAGGGCAAAUUUAUUUUUUAAGCUACUUAUAAACAAUCUUUAUAUAUAAAUAUAUAACUGCCACAAUCAAUUCAUCUAUUGAAAAGAUGAUAUUUGACAUGCAACCUCUCCAUUCAGACCAGAAUCAUUAAACUUAAGUCGAAUUCACAUAGGUAUUCUGUGUUCUCCUGAAUAAUGUACAGUAUUAUUUGUACUACAGUUAAGGACAUUAUAUUAAAUAGUAUUAAAGAAUAUUUUCAGCUUAAAACU